AUGUCGAAGAAAACGGCCCCGUACGGCACUUGGAAGUCGCCCAUAUCAGCAGACGCGAUCUUGCAAAGUGGAUCCAAAGUUGCUGAAGUAUUCGUGGAUCCGAUCACCUCUGCCAUAUAUCAUGUCGAGAAGAGGCCAUCUGAGGGAGGGCGGGAUGUUGUGGUCAGGACCGAAGAAGGUCGGGAUGUCGUUGGGAAGGGUUGGAACACAAGGACGGGAGUACAAGAGUAUGGAGGAGCACCUGCGAUCGCUUACAAUGGCGUCAUCUACUUUUCAAACUACGUGGACAACAAGGUGUACGAGGUGAGGGAGGGUAAAGAGCCAACUCCAAUCACACUCGACAAUAAGAAUCAUCGCUUCGCAAAGCUCGAUGUGCAUCCCAAGUACCCUCAUUUUUUGGUGGCCAUCAUGGAGGAUCACACGAAGCCUGCGCCCCCAGAUGUAGCCACGACUUUAUGCAUCAUCAACAGCGAGACAAGCAAAGUGUCCACCAUCGUCGUUGGCGCUGAUUUUUAUGCGUAUCCUUACUUCUCUCCGGACGGUCUGCAUCUGGCUUGGCAACAAUGGUCCCAUCCCGACAUGCCUUGGGAAGGUGCCGAGAUAUUUGUGGCCGAAGUCAUCGCAGACGAACAUACUCUGACCGUGGGCAAGCCUGUGUAUGUCGCAGGCAAGAAGAACGACAUCAGCGCAUCCUCGCCUGGAUGGGCAUCCAGUGAUGUCCUCCUUUUCACCACCGACGAGUCUGGUUAUCAGAACCCGUGGAAGUAUUCUGUCUCAUCCGGAAAGGCAUCUGCAAUCCUGCCCUCCCCUGUGAAGCAAGACUUCAGCCAGCCCAUGAAGAACCUGGGAUGGGAGUAUGGCGCUCCCCUAGACGAUACGGCGACUCGAGCACUGUUCGCGGCAAUGAAGGAUGACCGGAGCGUUCUGUACGUAGUCACAUUGCAGAGCGGCGCGUUGGAAGAGAUCAAGUGUCCGUAUAUCGAGAUCACCGGAGUGAAGCGCGUCGCGCGCGACUCGGUGGUAUUUCUAGCUCAGAAGGACGAUGAGCCGACGAGCGUGGUCAUCUGCUCUCUCAAAGACUACUCCAUGCCGCAGUUCUCCACUGUCAAAGCUUCCUCUGCAGGUCUCCAGUUCCCUCGUUCGCUCAUCUCGAUCCCUCAGCCGGUGACGUUGUCUGUGCCGCAGACCAACGAGCCUUUGCAUGUGCUGUACCUCCCUCCCACAAACCCAGACUAUGAGGCUCCAGAGGGGGAGAAGCCGCCGUGCAUUGUGAAUGCACAUGGAGGGCCUACUGGACGUGAUUCUCCUGUUCUGGAUCUGUCGAAGCAAUUCUUCACCAGCCGAGGUUGGGCUUGGUUGGACGUUAACUACGGAGGCAGUUCCGGUUACGGGCGGAAAUAUAUGGAACGUCUCGCAGGCAAAUGGGGUAUAGUGGACGUCGAGGAUUGCAUCAACGCGACACAACAACUCGCCGCGCCACCGUACUCACUCAUUGAUCCUAAGCGGAGCAUCAUUCGCGGCGGAUCGGCCGGCGGGUAUACCACUCUGGCCACUCUUUGCUCUCAUCCCGACAUAUUUGCUGCGGCCACCUCCCUGUAUGGGAUCGCUGACCUGCGUGUUUUGUGUAAUGACACUCACAAGUUCGAGUCGCACUACAUGGAAAAGCUCAUGGGAGGCACGUUGGACGAGAUUCCGGAGGUCUACAAGGACCGCUCGCCGAUUUUCCAUGCGGAUCAGAUUAAGACGCCGUUACUCGUCUUGCAGGGCUCCGAUGAUGCUGUCGUACCACCUGCUCAGGCGAAGAUCAUUGUCGACGCCAUCACGAAACGCGGAGGACGAGUGGAGCUUCAUAUGUUCGACGGUGAGGGACACGGGUGGAGGAAAGCGGAAACAAUCAAAGAGGCACUCGAACGAGAGCUGUAUUUCUACGAAGAUGUCUUUGGCAUCGCAGGAGGGCAGAGAGCAUGA